AGGAAUGCGACGCAAUCGUGCACCACAGAAAGACAGCGACGAGCCCGCCGAUGUGGACGACGAUCCGCUCAACGCGUCCAUCAUCGCCAUCGUCGAGAACGCAAAGUUCGAGGUCGGCGUCGCAGUGAUCUGCUUGGCGGACUACGCGGUUGAGAUCUCUCAAUUUUGCGACGAUCCCGCCUACUCCAAGACUGUGUCGAUGAUUGCCCGACACGAGCCCCGCCAGCUUUUCUUCACGGCCGCAAUGAAGGACAGCGUGCUCGAGUGCAUCGUGAAGAACGAGUUUUCCUUUGUGCGCAUCGAGCACCGGUCGCGGAAGCACUGGGACGAGCUGCGGGGGCUUGGCCACCUCCGUCACUACGCGCUCGACCCGGCAGCGCUCGAGAAGGACGUCGAGGAGAAGUUCCUCUGCCUCGCUGCGCUCUGCUGCCUCAUAGACUACUUUUGGGAGCACGAGGCCACCGUGUUUGUCAAGGGGAUGCUGCGAAUCAAGUUUACGGGAGCACACGGCGUGCUUCUGCUCGACCCCGCCUCGGAGUCGCUCUAUGGCAUCCUCAAGGCCGGGUGCAAGACUUCGUCGGGCGCGCGGCUCCUCCGUUCCUCGCUGAUUCAGCCCAGCAACGACCUCUCAACCAUCAACACGCGUCAAGAGUGCGUGCUGGAGCUGCUUGGGCGCGAAGACACGCUGCUGGACCUGCAGCGUAUCCUGCCGCAGCUGGCUGACUGCGACCGCGUCCUCAAGCACUUCAUGCAGCGGUCGAGCGACGCGUCAAAGCAGUCGCAGAGCUCCCGAGCGGAGGCUUCGAUCGCAUCGGUCCUGCACCUCAAGCAGCUGGUGCAGAUCGCACCGACCCUGGCAUACGAUGCCAAGUACGAGAAACGCCACGCUCAGCGCCAGCUGCAGUGCCUGUUUGCGGCGCGGAACGAGCUGUCGGGCAGCCUCAAGACGCAUCGUGAGACGCUCGGCGCUCUGACGCUGCAGAUGGAGGAGCUGCUCGAGAGCCUUCAGCGCGACCUCUCCCUGGAAUCGCUCAAGCUCAACUACAGUCAGAGGCGCGGGUACCACUUCACCCUUCCGGCUGCAGAGCGCCCGCUGGCCGUGCAGCACAACUUCAUCCACAUCCAGAUCAUGUCCAAGCGGACCGUCGGCUGCUCGACCGAGAAGCUCCAGCAAAUCAACUCUCGCUGCCGCGAGCUGCUAGAGCCAAGGCAACCCCGCAUCGCAGGCGAGCACUCCGCCGUGCCAAACGACGUCUUCGUCACCCCCGCGUGCAACCUGCAGCUCAUCACUGGACCGAACAUGGCGGGCAAGUCCACCUACCUGCGGCAGGUGGCGCUCAUCUGCCUGAUGGCGCACAUCGGCUGCCCCGUCCCCGCCGAGGACGCGCAAGUGCCGCUGCUGCAGCGCGUCUUCACGCGCAUCUCCACCUCGGACUCGCUCGAGACCAACGCGUCGAGCUUCGUGAGCGAGAUGCGCGAGACGAGCUACAUCCUCCGCAACGUGCGGCCCGGCUGCGCGGCGCUCGUGCUCUUCGACGAGCUGGGCCGCGGCACCUCGAACCGCGCGGGGGCCAGCCUCGCGUGGGCCAUCGCGGAGUUUGUGCAGCAGCACCGCACCACCUUCACCCUCUUCGCCACCCACUACCUGCAGCUCGCGAACCUGCAGCGGCUCUACCCGACCGUCAAGUGCCUGUCGAUGGCCGUCGAGCCAACCGACCGCCGCCUCUGCUUCGAGUACAAGGUGCAGACCGGCGUCGCCACGACCGCGCAGUACUGCACCGACUUCCUCGCCGAGGUGGCGGGCAUCCCGGCGGGCGUGUGCGCCGCGGCGAAGCGGCUGGCGGAGCGAGUCGAGUUCGACCCGGUCGAUGCCAACGCGGAGCGAUCCCGCGCCGAGGCGAACCGCAACAGCAUUGCGGAGCGGCUCGUGAUGCUCCAGCGCAGCUCCACCCUCUCAGACGACGACCUCUCCCGCUUCAUGCACGACCUGCAAGGGCGCGCUACCGAUGACGCGAACGACUCGGCUGACGACCUCGACGAGCCCUGCUUGCCCGACGCCCUCCGCGGCCUCCUGGGCGGGGGGGGCGCGGAGGAGGCAGCGCCAGCGCCGCCGCCGCCGCCGCCGCCGCCGCCGGUGGAAGAGCGCUCGCAGCCCUCCCCCGCGGCGGCGGAGGCGGUCGAGGACCCUGCCAGAGGCGAGGCCGUCGAGGCGGCCGACGACCUGGGCGAGCCUAGCCUCCCCGACGCCGUCCGCGGCAUCCUCGGCGGGCAUGUCAGCAGGGCGGAGGAGGCGGCGCCAGAGACGCCGGUACCCCCUCUCUCGGGGCCGGCUGCCGGUGAAGCCGUCGAGGCCGUCGAGACUGCGGCGGCGCAGCCACCGCCAAGCACGAUCGCGGAUCGACCCGGCCCGGCACCCGCCACGGUGACUUCUCGCUUCUUUGCGCAGUCCGGAUCGAGCACGCCGUCGGUGGCACGCGCGCUUCUGGCGCUCGCAUCGAGUCAGCCGGGCACAAGCUGA